GUUUCAGACCAUAUAGCUUUUCCUGCAUUGUACUCUUAUAUAUUUAUACUUUAAAGCUGCUUAGCCAGCUUUUUUAGUGCAACAACCAAAGUUGUGGAGGAAACUGAGCUCUAUAAUGAACACUCACAGUCCAAGCCAUUAAGGUUCAGAUUUAGGGCCGACCAGACUUUUGUUUGAAUUUGUUUUGUUUUGUUUUAGUUUUUAGACAAUAAUUUAUUAAAGGCUUUAUUUUUUCCAUUGCUGCAACCUUUUAAUUUCUUUUUUUAAAUUUACCUAUGUUGUGUCUAUGUUUAGUAGUUAAUACUCAGGUAACAUCCUUAACCACAAUAAUCUACAGUCUGUUAACCUUUUAUUUUUGGCCAUUUUUGGUUUUCGAGGUGGAGGAUUCAUGCAGAGAAUAUCUGCUUAAUUAAGAAAAAAAGUGGUUCAUCAGCUCUUUGUAUGUAGGAGAACAUUUACAGUUAUUUAUCUAAACAUCCAGUUUGAAGACUCAGUGAAGAAUUAGAGAACAGAGUCAAGGCUUUGGCUCUUCCUUUGGGCUUUGGGCUUACUUGUUGUUCCUACAGUAUUUAAAAGUAGGAUGGGAGGCAGAGCCUUCAGCUUUCAGGCUCCUUUUCUGUAGAACCAGCAUCCAGUUUGAAUUCAGGAGGCAGACACCCUCUCUGCUUUUAAGAUUGGGCUUAAAGCUUUCACGAUUGAUAAAGCAUAUCGUUAGGACUGGUGACCCUGAAUCCUCCCUUAUUUAUGCUGCAAUAGGUCGAGGCUUCUUGGGGAGUCCCAUGAUGCACUGUGAUUUUACACCUCUCUGCAUUUAAUUAUUAGUUAUUAUUAAUCUCUGGUUCAGUUCCACAGUGUGUCUUUGUCCUUUCUUCCUCCCCUCACCCCCAACUGGUAGUGGCAGCCUAGUGCUGCUGGAGUGUUCUUCCUGUUAAAAGCGGGUUUUUCCUUCCCACUGUUGCCAAAGCACUUGCUCAUAGGGAGUCAUAUGAUUGUUGUAAUAUCAAGAAAUUGAACUGAAUUAAAUUGAAGAUUCAUAACAACAUUUAUCACAGCCACAUCAGGCACACUGUAAGCUGUGCUCUUCCAUGUUAAAAUCAUCAUUCAUUUUGCAUUAAAUUACAUGCUGCAAACUUUAGAAAACUGUGUUUGUAUGACUCAUUUAAAUACUUCUCUCCCAAAACUCCAACCAGAAGAACUAUAACUCCUUCCCAUUUUAACCCAAACACACCCACAAAGAAAAUAAGUUUCUUUUUCUCUACUAAGGUGAAAUGGUGACAGUGAGGUUAAAAUAAGUAAGGCGACGUGAAGAAAUUGUGAUCCCGUGUUUGGGAGCACAAAGAAGAAGGGGAAGCACCAAAUCUGGAUGACUUUGGAGAAGAUUAGUCAUUCCUUCUAAAAGUUGCAGGGGAUACAUAUUCUUUCAGACUUUGUGUCUCAGUAUGCCUUAAAAUGGGCCCCUUUCUGUAAGGCAAGUUUUUUGUUUAGCACGUUUAGCAUUUGGCUUGGAACAUGAAUCUUUGUUCUAUUAGGAUCUCUUUUUCUUUGUGAUAGUUUCCACUGUAGCUUGUGGAAGUCUGUAAAGUCUGCAGUAAGUGUGCAUAUGUUUAUUGACAUCAAUCAGAGUGUCUGAUAGUGUUCCUGGCCUUUUUAUCAGCCACUGGAGGAGAGUCCGAUUUUAGUAAACUGUCUUCAAUGCAGUGUUGACUUUUUGCAAAGCCAGUCAAAAUCCAGGAGAUUAUAAAGAUGUAUGUGACACCCCCCCCCCCACACAAUGCACUCUGGCACAAAGCAAAGUGUGUUACCUGCAGCGACAGCACAGAGGAGAACCAUCAACAUCAGAGCAAAUGGAACAUUUUGGGGAUUUUAUCGUUUUCAUUUUGUUCAGUCCCACCACAAUGCUGGGAGCCGUUGUUCUCCUGCUUGUACUUUAUCUUGUUUCUAUCAUUUUCAUCUCUAAGGAAAAAAGAAAUGAACCCCCAGGACCGAGACCUCUGCCCCUGCUUGGUAACCUGUUGCAAAUAGAUCUCAAGAGACCCCACAAAACUCUGUGUGAGCUUUCAAAGAAAUAUGGCUCUGUAUUUACUCUUUACUUUGGAAUCAACAAAGUUGUGGUCCUGGCUGGAUAUGAGACAGUCAGAGAGGCACUGGUCAACUAUGCAGAGGAGUUUGGAGAGCGCAACAUCUCCCCGAUACUUAAUGAUAUAAACCAAGGUCAUGGGAUUCUGUUUGCAAAUGGAGAAUCAUGGAAAGAGCUGAGAUAUUUUGCCCUCACCACCCUCAAAGACUUUGAGUUCGGCAAAAGACUUUCUCAUAAAAUCUUGGCGGAGUGUAGCUAUCUCAUUCAAGCGAUCGAAGAGCAUAAAGGAGAACCAUUUGAUACAGCACUUCCAAUAAAUUAUGCAACAGCCAAUAUUAUCUUCUCCGUUGUGUACGGAUGCAGAUUUGACUACAAUGACCCGAUAUUCACAAAAAUGGUGAAGCGAGCCACUCAUGCCACAUGUGUCACAGGUUCUGCAUCAGUCCAGCUUUAUAACAUGUUUCCUCGGCUGUUCAGAUGGAUUAAAAAUCGUCAGGUGGUGUUAAAAUAUGUUGAGACGACCAUCAGAGAUGCAAAGUAUUUAAUUACGUACCUGAAAGAGACACUGGACCCUGACACGUGCCAAGGGUUUGUGGACUGUUUUUUGAUUUGGAAGCAGAAAGAGGAAGAAUUUGGUAUUGACGACUCUCACUACAGUGAGGAGAACUUGAUAUUCACAGUGAUUGACCUGUUUGUCGCUGGUACUGACACCACGGCAGCCACACUGAGAUGGGGUUUGCUGUUAAUGGCUAAAUAUCCACAUGUACAGGAGCAGGUCCAUGAGGAGCUGAGACAUGUAGUAGGAAGCCGACAAGUCAGUGUUGAUGAUCGGAAAAACCUGCCCUACACUGAUGCAGUCAUUCACGAGAUCCAGAGACUGGCUAAUAUUCUACCUGCAUGCCUUCCUCACCAAACUAGCCGAGAUGUCACCUUCCAGGGAUACUUUAUCAAAAAGGGAACUGUUGUAUUUCCCCUUCUUACUUCUGUCCUGUAUGAUGAGAGUGAAUGGGAGAGCCCACACACUUUUAACCCUUCUCAUUUCCUGGAUAAGGAAGGUAAAUUUGUCAAGAGAGAUGCCUUCAUGCCCUUUUCUGCAGGUCACAGGGUGUGUCUCGGAGAAGGUCUGGCUAAGAUGGAGCUCUUCCUCUUCUUCACCUCCCUCAUUCAGCGCUUUUGCUUCACUCCUCCACUCGGAAUUACAGAGGAUGAACUGGAUCUCACACCAGCUGUGGGAUUCACCACCCCUCCUUCAUCUCAUAUGCUGUGUGCUGUCAGUCGCCAUUGAGCGAGAGCUUAAGCAGGGCUUCUUUAAAGUGAAUGCCUGCGGCAAGCAGAAGUAUCAUUUUUCAGCCACCAGCAGAUGUCACAAUCCUCAACACCUGGAUUGUUGAGCAAAAGCAGAUGUUGUGAGAUAAAAGGAGAAAAAUGUAUUUCAGUCCUUCACAUUAAGGCAAAUAAAACUGUAUUAACAGGAACGAGUGGUGUUCUUUAGAGAUGGGAAAAACUGGUCUAAUUUUUUGCUUGAAUUUGCUGUUUUUACCAAGUAAUUCACACAGUUUACCAUAUAUUUCUGCUUUCUGGCACUUUGCUUGUUUUUUUCCACAAUGAUUUUGAUGCUGUUUAAUCUUACUAUAUGCUGCACAUUGUGAAAAUUAAGUCUUUAAUUUAGGUAAAUACAAAAAAUAGGUGUUUUAGGUGGGAGAUAUGCAGUGGGAUGACUGGACAAAAUGUUGUUUUCACACAUCUGAAUUUGUGAUUUUCACCAAGACAUGAACAUAAUACACUCCUUCUGACUGUUUUUGCAAAAAUGAUUUUUGCUCUGUAAGAUGUUAAAGAUUUAUUCUUUAUAUUUCACCUAAUGGCUAAAAUUUUGUACCAUAUUAUAUAGACCUGAACCUGCAACUUCAAAUAUCUAUUAAAUCAGAAAGAAAAAUAAAAUAAUGUUACAUAGCCUUUGAUUUUGGUCCCUUUCCCCCUUCUUUUUCUUUAUGUUCCUUAAGAAAUACCUACAAAUAUAUAAAAUGCCACACCAUGUUACAGAAAGACAAAGCAUCUCAUAAUAUGAGAACAUUUGAAAUCAAUUCAAUUCUUUUUACUGUGAAUUCAAAAGUUGUAAUAUUUAAACCUGAUCAGAUCUGGUUUAACAUAGGUUGGCAUGUCCGUUUAGCUGAUUCUUUUGCACAUGUAAACAACAAUUUUCAGACUGAUGUAGUAUUUUGGUCUGGAAAAGAAGAAACUUAACUUUCCUCAUCUGUCUGUAAUGAGCACAGUGGCUGGCUAGCUCUCUUUCCUUAUGAAACCAGCCAAGAUUUGAGCUUCCAGGGAAACUUUAUCGAACAGGUUAACUGCUGCACUUUCACUACUUGACAGUAAAAUCUCUUAAAUCGAGCACACCUAUAGUACAAGCAACCAAGACAAGCUGAAACGGCUGUACACAUCCAACCAGCGAUCUCAUAUUAUUUUAGUUGCUCUGUUAGCUGAAACUCAAUAUUAUGCUGCUUGAUUGUGACAAAGGCCUGUUGCUUUAAUCAUAGCUUUAAAAAUUUCAGCAAAUGUCCCACUGAAAACAGGAUUACCAUUAAUUCAUGCUGUACUAUAUAUGUUGUACCAUACAUAUUGUACUAUAUUUUCUAUUUCCAUGGACUGUUACGGAAUAAUUUUAUAUUGUUCUGGGUUUAAUAUUUAUAAAAAAGAGGUAUAUCAUGUGUAAAUACAUUUGGACAAAGCAUCUCUUCUAAUGGCCUUUUAUUUUGGUCAC